CCUCCGCCUCCUUCCGGUCUCCUCCAGUUGUCGCCUCCCGCCUCCCCUCCCGGCGCGGAAGCCUCUCCCGCCCCCUCAGCCAAGCCAACCCUAGCGCGGAGCCGCCUCCCAGGAGCUCUUCCGGGAGGCCAGGAUGGCGGAGACGUCGGCGCCGCACGCGAGCGCCGACGCCAACGGCAACGGCACCCAUGCGGGGAUGGCAGCGCAGGUGGGGGCGCCCACCAACCCCAUGGCGACGGCGCUGCUCACUGAUCAGUACCAGUUCUCCAUGGCGUACGCGUACUGGAAGGCCGGGAAGCACGCCGACCGAGCCGUCUUUGACUUGUACUUUAGGAAAAAUCCAUUUGGUGGGGAGUUCACUGUUUUUGCUGGCCUCGAGGAGUGCAUUAAGUUUAUUGCAAAUUUUAAGUUCACGGAACAUGACAUUUCUUUCCUCCAAUCUGUCAUGCCAAUGUGUGAGGGUGAAUUCUUCAAUUAUCUUAGGGAAAUUGACUGCUCUGAUGUUGAGGUGUACUCCAUUCCUGAGGGCUCGGUAGUUUUUCCAAAAGUGCCCUUGAUGAGAGUUGAGGGCCCAGUUGCAGUGGUUCAACUUCUUGAAACUCCAUUCGUAAAUCUUAUAAAUUAUGCCUCUUUGGUAACUACUAAUGCUGCACGGCAUCGCCAUGUUGCUGGCAAAUCAAAGGUUCUAUUGGAAUUCGGUUUAAGACGAGCACAGGGACCCGAUGGUGCAAUAAGUGCCUCAAAAUAUUGUUUUAUGGGAGGUUUUGAUGCCACCAGUAAUGUGUUGGCUGGAAAUUUGUUUGGCAUACCACUUCGUGGAACACAUUCUCAUGCUUUUGUUAGUUCAUAUAUGAGCCUUGAUGAGAUCCCAGACAAGACUCUCAGGAGCAAAGAUGGUUCAAGAGUCUGCCAGGAUUUUGUUAGUUUAGUGCAAGAGUGGCUUCAAAAGAUACAGGUAGCAGAUUCAUUAGGCGGUGUAUUUGGUGAUACAAAUCAAAGUGAGCUGGCGGCAUUUGUAUCCUAUGCGCUGGCUUUUCCGAGCAACUUCCUAGCUCUUGUGGACACAUAUGACGUUAUGCGAAGUGGUAUUCCAAAUUUCUGCGCAGUGGCUCUAGCACUACAUGAUUUAGGGUACAAGGCAUCUGGUAUUAGAUUAGAUUCUGGUGAUCUGGCCUAUCUGUCUAUUGAAGCACGGAAAGUGUUCUGUGCUGUAGAGGAGGAGUUUAAUGUACCUGGUUUUGGGAGGAUGGUCAUCACUGCUAGCAAUGACCUGAAUGAGGAAACAAUUGAUGCCCUCAACAAACAGGGUCAUGAGGUUGAUGCCUUUGGGAUUGGAACUUAUCUUGUAACAUGUUAUUCCCAGGCUGCUCUUGGCUGUGUCUUUAAGCUAGUCGAGAUCAAUAGUAAACCUCGUAUUAAACUCUCUGAGGAUGUGGCAAAAGUUUCCAUUCCGUGCAAAAAGCGAUGUUUCAGAUUGUACGGGAAAGAAGGCUACCCACUGGUAGACAUUAUGAUUCGUGACAGUGAACCAUCACCUAAGGCAGGAGAAAGAAUCCUCUGCCGCCAUCCGUUCCUUGAAUCAAAGAGAGCAUUCGUUGUCCCCCAGCAUGUUGAGGAGCUUCUUCAGUGCUAUUGGCCUGGGAGCACAGACAAACCCAGAGCAGAGCUGCCCUCCUUGGACAAGAUCAGAAGCCGCUGCAUGCAACAGCUUGAAAAGCUGCGGCCUGAUCACAUCCGGCGGCUAAAUCCGACACCGUACAAGGUUAGCGUGAGCGCAAAGCUGUACGAUUUCAUCCACUGCCUAUGGCUGAACGAGGCGCCAGUAGGUGAACUGCAAUAGGAAGAUGGUAACAGAAGUUUCGUGCCAUCUUGGAAGUAUAGCAGCACCACAGCGAAAAAGAUUUCAGACGAGCCAUGCCCAACAUCAGCUCAUUGCCCAUCCAUUACGAUUUUGCUCUCACACUGUUUCACCUUGUACAAACCCGGUCAUCGGUGUAGAUGCAGGCCUGAUUUUUACACAUCCCUUGAUUGGUGGGGAUACUAUACAUACAUCUUUGUGGAAAAAAAAAACAGAAUACAGUCGGAGCCGAUGGGUAAAUUAACAGCGAAAAAUGUUUGAGAUCC